AUGACCACCGACGAGUUCGUUCGCCGUUCCCACAUCCUACACCGGGCUUUCUCUGAGCGACCUGCUAAGAUAGUGGGCGGCGAUGGUAUUAGCACCAUCUUGGAGAAUGGCAAGAGAGUGAUCGAUGCCAGUUGCGGCCCCUCAGUGUCCUGUCUAGGUCACACCCAGCCUGAGAUCUUCGACGCCAUUACGAAUCACCUUAAGAACGACAUCGCUUACAUCUACUCCGGCUCUCCUUAUACUAAUGGUGCGACCGAGGAGCUCGCCGAUAUUCUCCUCGCUGAUAUGCCUGGGGGCUUAUCAAAGGCGAUCUUUGUCAACUCGGGAAGCGAGGCGACCGAUGCGGCCCUUAAGUUAGCUGUCCAGUACUGGUACGAACGUGGCCAGCCUCAGCGCACGCACUUUAUUUCUCGCAAGCAGAGCUAUCAUGGAAACACUAUCGGCGCCCUAUGUGUCUCGGGCCAUGAGUCGCGUAGAGAAUUCUAUAAGGACUUUAUGUCGUCCAAUGUAUCCUUCUUGGAUCCUUGCUAUGCCUACCGCAUGAAGUGGGAGGGUGAGUCGGACGAGCAGUUCGUUCAACGCCUGGCUCGCCAAUUUGAGGAUGAGAUCCUACGUGUUGGCCCCGAUCGCGUUGCGGGCUUCGUCGCUGAGACAGUCAGUGGCACCACUCUGGGCUGUCUGCCCGCCGUCCCUGGUUAUUUUAAGGCUAUCCGAGAUAUCUGCGAUAAAUAUGAGGUUUUACUAAUUUUAGACGAGAUUAUCUGUGGCAUGGGUAAGACAGGCACUAUGCAUGCCUGGGAGCAAGAGGGUAUACAUGGGCCCGAUAUUCAGACUAUCGGUAAAGCCCUGGGCGCAGGCUUCGUCCCUCUGUCCGGUGUUUUGCUCCACCAGAAGAUCUUCGACGCGCUCUCUGCAGGCUCUGGUGGUCUUGUGCAUGGUCACACGUUCCAGGCCCACCCACUUGCGUGUGCUGCUGCCGUUGCAGUCCAGAAGAUCAUUAAGCGCGAUAAUCUGAUCGAGCGGGUGGCUCAGAUGGGUAAUAAGCUUGAAGCAUUACUCCUCAAGGAGAUCGGUCCUCUUCCAUUAGUCGGUGAUAUCCGAGGCCGUGGUCUGUUCUGGGCUAUAGAAUUUGUACUCGAUAAGAAUUCCAAGAAGGCUUUCUCGUCCAAGGACAACUUCUGCGGCAAGGUUGUGAAGAGCGCUCUCGGUAUGGGGCUGAAUAUUCUCGGAAACCUGGGUCACACUGGUGAAUACCAGGUUGAUCACGUCCUGGUCUGCCCGCCCUACAUAACGACAGACGCCGAACUCGAAAAGAUUGUUUCGCUUCUUAAAGCUGCCAUCUUGAAGACGAGUCAGCCAUUUGUUCAGGAGGAGUAA